CCCAACUUUUGAGUCCACAAACAAAAACCCCUAAUCUCUUCCUCUUCUUCCUCCUCUUUCCAUUUCUCUCCACAUCUCUCUAUAAUGGCGAAACCCGCCUCCCUUCUACUGCUCCUCUCCAUUCUCACCAUCGCCGCCACCGCCACCGCCACCGCCCGCAACGGCGGAGCUUCCAAUUUCAUCAAAUCCGAGUGCAGCGUCGCUACUUACCCUGACCUAUGCGUCCAAUCCCUCUCAAAUUUCGCCUCCACAAUCCAACAAAACCCUCGCCAAUUAGUCCAAACCGCUCUAAUCGUGAGCCUCUCACGCGCUCAAUCCACCCGAUCUUUCGUCUGGAAACUGACGAAGUUCAGUGGACUGAAGCCGAGAGAGCACGCGGCUUUGAAGGACUGUAUGGAGGAGGUCAGCGACACCGUAGAUCGGCUGAACAAAUCGGUGGAGGAGCUGAAGCGCGUUAGUGGAUCGAAGAAGAAGGACUUCUUAUGGCACAUUAGCAACGUUGAGACUUGGGUGAGUGCCGCGAUGACCGACGAGAACACUUGCUCUGAUGGAUUUGCCGGUACCGCGCUGAAUGGAAGAAUCAAGUCCUCGGUUAGGGCUCGCAUUGUGGAUGUUACUCGAGUUAUUAGCAAUGCCUUGUCUCUGAUUAAUAAGUACGCUGAAAAUCAAAGUUAGAGAUGUGAUGAUUUCAGGUUCUUCCGAUUUCUACUCUGCUUCUGCGUUUAUGGUGAACAAAUUGAAGAUGAAUUACAUGAAUCUGUUUGGAUUUUGAUGUAUAUUAAGAGAGUAUUUUAGUGUUUUGAUGUGGGAAAUGCAACCGUAACAAUAAUGGUGCUUUCUCUGUUUUUGGUUAUCUUCUCUGUAACUCCCAUACAUGCUUUCUCUUUAAAAAUAUAUACUAUAUAAAUUUUAGCCUUUGUUAUUAUAUA